CGGAGCGCCGGGCCGGGCCGCCCGCCUGGCCGCUCCCAAGCCGCUCGGAGCCGGAGUAGCGGGGGGAGGAUGAGCGCGGAGCAGGCGGAGAAGCUGGGGCUGGUGCGCUGCAGCAUCAGGAGUUUCCCCGACUUCCCCAAGCGGGGCAUCCUGUUUCAGGAUAUCAACCCCCUCUUGAAAGAUCCCAAAGCCUUCACUGCUGUUAUUGACCUGUUUGAAGAUCAUUUGAGAAAGAAAUUUGCUCAGGUUGAAUUAAUUGUGGGUUUGGAUGCUCGUGGAUUUUUAUUUGGUCCUGCUCUAGCUCAAAGACUUGGAAUUGGCUUUGUACCAAUAAGAAAGAAGGGGAAACUUCCUGGUAAAAUUGUUUCCACAUGCUAUCAGCUUGAAUAUGGAGAGGAUCAAAUUGAGAUACAAGCUGACCACGUGCAACCACAGCAGAAAGUUGUCAUCAUUGAUGAUGUGCUUGCAACUGGAGGUACCAUGGCAGCUGCUUGCAAUCUGAUGAAGAAAUUGGGAGCUGAUAUUCUUGAGUGCUUAGUAGUAAUUGAAAUUAAGGAACUGAAAGGAUUAGAGAAACUGAAUCAUGUGCCUUUCUAUUCACUGGUGCAAUUUUAAAUAUGAGAACUGCCUACCUUAUUACAGAUGUAAUUCAUUCAUUGUCGUUAGAUCCUCUGACCAUCAGGGUCAAUGUAAUCGAGAAGUAGUGUUUAUGAUUUCUUUUUAAUAAUUUGUUUUGUAAUUGAGACGGCAUAUAUCCUGAACUUGCUAAGAACUAAUUUGAACUUUAAAGUUUUCUAGUUCAAAAGUUCAAAGUAAAUUUUAUUAUCAAUAUAUGUCACCAUAUACAACCCAGAUUCAUUUUCUUAUGGGCAUACUCAGCAAAUAUAUAGAAUAGUAACUCUAGAAGGAUAACUAAAAGAUCAUCUAGAAUGCAGAAGACAACAAGUUGUGCAAGUAUAAAUAAUGAGAACAUGAAAUAGCAAGACAAAGUGCGCUUAAAGUGAGAUCAUUGGAUCGUCUAGUCUUGGUAAUUCCUAUACAUUCCUAAUGGAAAUCCCUGAAUUUUUUUUUUAAAGCAGGACUGCAUCAUGAAUGCUCAGAACUCAUUUUCGGUUACCUGAUCUCACUAUGUUUUUAUCUCUUAGAUACCAAACUGACCAUGAGAUUCUAUAUGAACUGUGUGGCAUUUGAUCAAGCCUCACUGUGAUUUUUUUUUAAGAACCAUAAAUAGAGACAAUAAAGAUAACAUUAUAAAAGUA